AUGAGCGAAGAAAACGAGAGGCUAGCGCUCCCUGCACCAGAUACAAGUGAGCAUCCCACGUUGGAAGUGAACGGUGGUAGUGUCAGUCUCGACCAUUUAGGCCCAAUGGUUGUAAACAGCGACGGUACACUCAGUCGGAUUAACAACUGGGAGGGGCUUAGCCAGAUUGAGAAAGACAAGACAUUGCGGUUGAUCGUCAAAAGGAACAGACAGAGACUGGAAUCUUUGAAACAACAAGAAGACAAUAAAUAG